GCUGGAGCUGACACUCGGAGGCUGCCGCUGUCCCCUUGGGAGAUCCCGCACCCAACCCCUCCUCUUUCCUGUAGCCAAUGAACUCAAUGAACCCAAUGAAACCAUCGCUCCCACCCACCCCACAUGGUGAUGGUUCAUAUGCCUACGAGUCAGUACCUUGGCAACAGAAUACCAAUCAGCCUGCAGGAUCUCUCUCAGUGGUAACCACGGUGUGGGGAGUCAGCAACACGUCCCAGAGUCAGGUUUUCGGAAACCCCAUGGGCCCUGGGGGAAACACCUCUGGCAAUCCCAUGAUGCCGAGUGUGGCCAGCAGUGGCUCUGGAAUGAACUCUCCUCCCUUUAUGGGGCAGCAGUCUUUCCCAGAGGGCUCCACCAGCAAGGGCUACGUGCAGCCGGGAAUGUACGGGCGCACCACUUACCCAGGAGGGCCAGGCUUUACCACAAGUUACACAGGCAGCCCAAACGGCCCUGGGGGAAUGGGCAUCCCCUCGCAUACCGGGAGGCCCCCUGCAGACUUCACCCAAGCUGCCGCUGCUGCUGCUGUGGCAGCAGCAGCAGCCACAGCCACGGCCACGGCGACAGCCACAGUCGCCGCUCUGCAAGAGAAGCAGAGCCAGGAGCUAAGCCAGUACGGAGCGAUGGGGGCUGGACAGCCCUUCAACAACCAGUUUCUUCCUCACUCGGGCCCCCGAGGACCAGCCGUACCCCCUGGGAUGAAUCCUGCCAACAUGGGUGGCGUGAUGGGUGCUUCUGGAAUGUCUCCCAUGAACAUGAACACAGCCAGGGCUCCUGCCCUAAAUGCCUUGUACGGUGGACAGCGGAUGCCCCAGCAUGGAUACCCUGGCCCUCCUCAAGGCCAGCAGAUCCCCAGGCAGAGUGUCAAGAGAACCUACUCCAGUGAGGGCUAUCCAGGACAGCAAUACAUACAAAGUGGCCAGUACCCCUCCCAAGCUGGCCAAUACGCCCCCAGCGCUCCUCAGCCAUCAGCUCCAUCCCCCUCCUAUCCUGGCCACAGGAUGCCCAUUCAACAGGGGAUGAGCCAGUAUCUUUCUGCCUCUGGCACGGGUGGCCCAUAUUACAAGCCUACCGAUCAGUUCAACGGUCAAAAUGCCAACUUCAACGGAGGCAACUUCAACAGCUACGGACAGGCUACCAUGAACGGGCCUGGAAGGACCAUGCCCGGCUACCCCAGCUCCCCACUACCUGGCAACCCCACGCCUCCAAUGACACCUGGAACUAGCAUCCCUCCAUACAUGUCCCCGGGGCAAGAUGUGAAGUCACCCUUCCUUCCAGACAUCAAACCCAACAUCAAUUCCUUGCACCCCUCUCCCUCCGGAAACCCGUGUGAUGAAUUGCGCCUGACCUUCCCUGUGCGGGACGGCGUGGUUUUGGAGCCCUUUCGCCUCCAGCACAACUUGGCAGUCAGCAACCAUGUCUUCCAGCUCAGGGACUCAGUUUACAAGACCCUGAUGCUCAGGCCUGACUUGGAGCUGCAAUUUAAAUGCUACCAUCACGAGGACCGACAAAUGAAUACCAACUGGCCGGCCUCAGUCCAGGUCAGCGUGAACGCCACACCCUUGACCAUCGAGCGGGGAGACAACAAGACGUCGCACAAGCCCCUCUACCUAAAGCAGGUGUGCCAGCCUGGGAGGAACACCAUCCAGAUCACCGUCACCGCUUGCUGCUGUUCUCACCUCUUUGUCCUGCAGCUGGUGCACAGGCCCUCCGUGCGGUCAGUUUUGCAAGGCUUGAUAAAAAAGCGUUUGCUGCCGGCUGAGCACUGUAUCACCAAAAUAAAGCGAAACUUCAGCAGCGGCACAAUCCCUGGGACUCCUGGUCCCAAUGGCGAAGAUGGUGUGGAGCAGACGGCCAUCAAGGUGUCUCUGAAGUGCCCCAUCACUUUCCGGAGAAUUCAGCUUCCUGCAAGAGGUCAUGAUUGCAGGCACAUACAGUGCUUCGACCUGGAGUCCUACUUGCAGCUGAAUUGUGAAAGGGGGACAUGGAGGUGUCCUGUUUGCAAUAAAACAGCCUUGUUAGAGGGACUCGAGGUGGAUCAAUACAUGUUGGGGAUUCUGAUCUAUAUUCAGAACUCCGAUUACGAAGAGAUCACUAUCGACCCAACGUGCAGCUGGAAGCCCGUGCCCAUCAAGCCUGACAUCCACAUCAAGGAGGAGCAGGACGGGCCUGUGCUGAAGCGCUGCCGCACCAUGAGCCCCACCCACAUGGUGAUGCCCAACGUCAUGGAGAUGAUUGCCGCCCUGGGACCCGGCCCGGCACCGUUUGUCCCCUUGCAGCCCCCAUCUGCCGGCAGUGGAAGCAGCGACUACACCAGCCAAAGUUCAAGCUUUUCUGGCCCUGGAACAUUCCCAGAUUCAUUCCCCGCUGUGAACCCCAGCACCCCAACGUUAAACGAAUUCAACCCAGGGCCUCCCCCGAUCUCCUACCAGUCAGACAUUCCCAGCAGCUUGCUGACUUCUGAAAAGCCACCUGCUCCCUCCAUCACUGGACAGAUGCCUCCUUCUAGCAGGAUGGAUCCUUCCCACAACCCUGUGCAGCAGGGGUUAAACAACCCCAACCUCGCCAGCCAACCAGGGCAGCAGCUCCAUCAUCGGAACCCUCCCCCACCACAGUCACGACAGCCCAUUGGACAGUCAGGGUCAGGAGGUCAGGCACAUGGAGGGGAUCUCUCCUUCAAUCCUGGCCCUGGGAUGGUGGGACAGCCAGGGAUGCCCGGAGCUACAGAAGGGUCAGAGCCUUCCCUUGAUCUUCUUCCUGAGCUGACGAACCCAGACGAACUGCUCUCCUACUUGGGACCGCCCGAUCUCCCCAACAACAGCAACGAUGACCUGCUUUCCUUGUUUGAGAACAACUGAAGUUGCCGCUUGUGGAAGGCAGUCACCAAGCUCUGCGCACCAUGUACACACACCUGCACAUCUCUCUCUCUCACACAUACACACACACUCACCACAAUCCAUCCCAUAACUUCCCAGGCUCUCAUCAAGAGAGAGAUCUUGCCUUUUACAGUGGCAGUGCCCCCUCCCCUGGGGGUCCUGCCAGUGACUCAGAACUGUGAUAAGGCAGCCCAGUAACUUUGGCCAGGCAGUGAUCCCAUUCUGUCAGAAUUGCCUCGACCCUAUAGAAGGUGAUCCUGUGGACACUGGGGCAACUUGCUCUAGCUGUUU